AUGUCACCCGGGAUUGUCGAAAUUCCUUCUGACCAUCCCAAAUUCAGCGAAGUCGCCCACCAGUUCAACUCCAAGUGGCUUCAUACGAACAACCCAGCUAGACCCGCCAGGUUUAUCUAUAUCAUCCUCUGCAGUGAGGCCCAGAACGCAUCCUACAAUGCCUACCGGGACCGUGUCGAGAGAGAGGGCAACUUUAUCGCCAGGGGUCGAACGCCAGGCAACGAGAAUAGAAGAUUUCAUGGCACCACCCGUGCUUGCUUACUUGGUGAUCCAGGAAACACCCAGCUUUGCUCGAUUACGACCUGCGGACUGUGUGGUAUUAUCCGCACCUCGUUUGACCUCAAAUUCUAUAAAGGGAAGACAGGAUGGGGUCGAUUUGGCUGCGGCCUUUACACGUCGGCGACAUCGUCCAAAAGCGAUUCUUACACCACGAAUAAGGUGCCUUCACAGUACAAGGCCAUGCUUCUCAACAAGGUUGUCGUCGGGAAUGGCUACAAGCUAAAGACUGAUGAUACGACGCGUACUGCUCCGCCGAGCGGCUAUCACUCGGUAUUGGGCGAACCGGAUGCUGCCGGUUCUCUGAACUAUGACGAACUGGUUGUUUACGACAACGACGCCAUUCGACCAGCGUACCUCAUCGUUUAUUGA